AUGGCUUGGAUGUGGAUGGCCACUGUGAUAAUCUUGCUGUGGGCAGUCUCAUUAUGGAAGGUUAUCCAUUCUUCAACGAUGGUGCCAUCAAAGUUCCAGGCCAUUUUUCAUGGUGAGGAAAUAUAAGCUACAUGUGUGCAUACUUACGUAUAUAUAUCAAUAAUUCAGUUCCUUUGUUAGUAAUUGGUUUCAUUCUGUAUUUGUAUUUUUCUCUCCUUUCAGGAUCAGGUGAAAAUGCUAAGAACAAGAAAGUACUGCUAGUUGUUGCACAUCCUGAUGAUGAAUCAAUGUAGGUCUACGUUUCUUCCUUUGUGUCUUCUUGUCCUUAUUUAGCAUAGAAAUAGAGUUUGUUCCUUGUAAAGGGUUAUGCCUGAUUCUUCUGGGUCUUGAGGAAUGUUGUGCAUCUAUCCAACCUUUCAGGAAUUAAUCCAACUGGGAAAAUCUACAUUCUGCAGUAUGAUUAAAGGAAUAUUAUAUUUUUAGAACCUCAAAAAACAUGAUUUCAAAUAUUAUCUGUAUAUCUUCGUCAUUUUCGGGAGGUGAUGUUUUUCUACAUGAGGACAGGAGGGCACAGGAAAAAAAUACAGGAGCGAUUUACUUAUCCAAAUAUUUUUCUAGGGCUUAAAACUGAAAAAAAUAAAUGAAAGUGGGGCCUUUUCUUUCUGAUAGGUUUGUAAGGGCUCAAUUAUAUUAUUUAUGGUGUUAAAAUUCAGUUAUUUCUCACACGGUCAUGACAUUUCCAAAGAAAGUGUGGCUGGAUUAUCAUUCUUCGCAUCCCAGGAACUGGCGUCAUUUCGUGGGGUGAAGUGUCAACUUUUCUUGGAUUAUUGAAUCAUUGCUUUGAAUAUCUGAAGUACACUGUUCAGUUACUGUAAAUGUUGCAAUACGUAAUUUGUUUUUGCCUUUGCUCUUUAAUUUCAGGUUUUUCUCGCCAACUAUUAUUUUCUUGAUUUCACAAGGGCACAGUCUUCACAUUUUAUGCAUGUCCACAGGUACCCUUCUUUUAUUAGAGAUCUCGGCAUUCAAAUUCUUCUGUAAAGUAUGUAUUUUUUAAUAGAAAUAUUUCUCUGAUUAGUAAAAUUAUAUUAUCUGCUGAACUUUAUCUUCUCCAUGCUUUCAGUCAAAAGCUGUUUUUUUGGGCUCAACUUUCAACAGUUGGUGGAUUUUUCUUGUCUUUUUCGCAGGCAAUGCUGGAGGCAAGGGAAGCAUCCGGAAGGAGGAGCUUUAUCAAGCGUGUGCGGUUCUCGGGGUGAUUUUAGAGCUCUAUUCUUGUGCAUAUCUUUCUGCUGAUCAUUUGAGAGAUGAUUCUUGGCUUGAAGCAACCUUUCUUUGCAGGUCCCUUCUCGGCAAGUUAAAGUAGUCGAUCACCCAAAGCUACAGGUGUCCAUUUCUCUGUGGCACAGUUUCUUGGUUCUCUUGGAACAGAUAUAUGGCUUGUCAGUGUAUAUCGUAUGAUUUGGCAGCAAAAUUUAUCUACAACUUUUCAGGAUGGAUUUAAUGAACCAUGGGAUCACGGUUUGCUGGCCACUAUAAUUGGGGAGCAAAUCAAAAUGCUUGAAAUUGACACGGUAGUGUCCAAAUUUACUCAAAUGUUUGGCACAUUCUUGGUUAUUUUUUCAUGUCAUUUCCCUAUGCAAAGCAUACUCCGCCAUUAAAAUGGUUCCUCCGGUGUUUGCAUCUUUUGUCCUGUUUUUUAUUUGAUCUUGUUCACAUAAUUUUUACAUUCUUUUGUUAUCUAUCAUUUCCUUUCAUUUAACAAUGUUCUCCAGAUAUGGGAUUAUUUUUAUGAACUUUAUAGAAUGCUCUCUCGGCAUUCUGGUGCGGAGAUUCAUGCUGGCUCUGAGAUGUAGCCAUUGUUUUUUCAUUCUUUGUUCCAGAUAAUAACGUUUGAUGGCUAUGGGAUUUCUGGUCAUCCAAAUCACCGUGAUGUCCGCCAUGGUUUGCGGUAAGCAAGCUCUUUCAUUUGUUCAGACUAUCAAUGCCCGAGGAACUCUCUUGAACGCACAUCUGAACAACGGGACGACUUCAUGUUAUUGCCUUAAUAAUUUCUUGUCACAUUAUUGAGCAAAGUAUGCUGAAGACAUCUUCGAUAACAUUUCCAUGCAAUCUCGACUUCCUCUCUUCAUUUGUCGAACAGCAAUUAUCUGCGGGAGAGCGAAAACAGAGAUGAGGCAUGGGAACUCGUACGUUUCUGCUCCUCGUUAUAUUUCAUGUUCAUUGAUAACCAUCUCUCGCUAUCAUUUGUAGUCCAGUUCAGGAGUCUUCACUCACUUUGAUUAGCUUUACUUCUCAUGGGCUUUCCGGAGUUUCUGGCAUGACGGGCUUUCGUUGCUUCUGACUGUCCAGAUCAGCAAAGGCAUUCUUCGCAAGUACAUUGGCCCUGUUGAUGUCUGGCUCUCCAUCUUCCACUGCCUUCUUCGUCAUCCGGGCCAAACCUGCUGCUUUCUGAACGCCUCUCCUCGCAGGAGCUACCGCGCCAUGGCCGAACACCAGAGCCAGUGGCUAUGGUAUGCACAUGCAUCUACAUAUAUGUGCGUAUAAAGAGAGAAUCUGUCCCAAAUUCUAGCUUACUUGAGUGGGUAAAUUUCCCUGGUUCUACAGGUUCCGAAAGCUGUUCGUCUUGUUCUCCAGCUACACUUACAUGAACACCCUCAGGAAGGUCAGCAGCCAUUAG